UUUUUAGUUUUUAAUAACACACUGUCAUACAGGGAGACAGAUCUGUUCGACCUGAACUGUGAGAAAAUGUUACUCACUUUGGUGUUGUGUUUACCUGUAAUUUUUGUCCCGUGGAGCGACUCAUUACCGACGAGACGACAGCCGGGUCCAGUCAACAACCGACCGAUUAUUGGAAUUUUAACUCAAGAAGUAGAAGAUGAUGUGAUGAAGCCGUUUGGAAAGACCUACAUCCCUGCUUCCUAUGUCAAGUAUAUAGAGUCAGCGGGAAGUAGAGUGGUACCUAUCAGGUUGACUCAGAGUACUGCCGAGUAUGAGAAGAUUUUCAAGUCAAUUAAUGGCCUGCUGCUCAUCGGAGGUUCGUCAGAUCUCGAAACGUCAGACUUUGCAAAGGUGGCAGGGAUCUUCUACAGGCUUGCCCUCAAGGCCAAUGAUGCUGGAGACUCCUUCCCUAUCUGGGGCACAUGUCUAGGGAUGCAACUGCUGACUUGUCUGGUGGCUGGAGAGAAUCUGCUGACCAAAACCACAGCUGAGAACAUGGCCCUUCCUCUGAACCUCACCAAAGAGGCCCAUUCCAGUCAAAUGUUCCAGGGGUUCCCCAGUGAUGUCAUGAAGGCAUUAUCCCAGGAAGCUUUGACAGGGAAUUUUCACCAAUAUGGAGUGACCAUGAAGACAUUCAAGGAAAAUGAGAAGUUACAAAGUUUCUUCUCCAUCUUGUCCACGAACACAGCUGAAAAUGGUGCCAUCUUUGUCUCAACCAUGGAAGGGAGGACCUACCCCUUCUAUGGGGUCCAGUGGCAUCCUGAAGUGAACCGUUUCCAGUGGGACCCCAAACUCAACUUCCCCCACUCCUCAGACGCUGUACGCGUUGCCUCCCUACUGGCUGAGUUCUUUGUCAAUGAAGGCAGGAGAAGUUUGCAUCACUUCGACCAGCCUGAGGAAGAGGCCGUGUCACUCAUAUACAACUACACACCAACCUACGCUGGCAACUUCACUGGAUACGAGCAGAUCUACUUCUUCUGAGAUGUUGAAGUUCUGCCCUCACAACUCUAUAAUUCAUCCCUGAUGUUAUUAUGGGAUGUUAUGAGAAGUUUACCAUGGGCACUAAUUGUUGUUGGGCGUAAAUUGCUGGAGAUUGCUGUUGGGCGUAAAUUCUUAUUGUUGAAAUGAAUUCAACCUUCUGGCCCAAUCAACACUGAACAAAAAUAUAAACGCAACAUGUAAAGUGUUGGUACCAUAUUUCAUGAGCUGAAAUAAAAUAUCCCAGA